AGGGUUUUGGCAGCCGCUUUAAAAGUAAUAUCAUCUUGUUAGCUGCGCUUGCCGCAAGUACCUUUUAGCUGUAGAUCCUCUCCUUCCAUCAACCAAACAUGGGUAAGACAAGGGGAAUGGGAGCUGGGCGCAAGCUCAAAAGGCUUAGGAUUAAUCAGAGGUGGGCUGACAAGCAGUACAAGAAGUCCCAUCAGGGCAAUGAGUGGAAGAAGCCUUUUGCUGGUUCUUCCCACGCCAAAGGAAUCGUUCUUGAGAAAAUCGGUAUUGAGGCUAAGCAGCCUAACUCUGCUAUCCGUAAGUGUGCUAGAGUGCAGCUUAUCAAGAACGGGAAGAAGAUUGCCGCUUUUGUCCCCAACGAUGGUUGCUUGAACUACAUUGAGGAAAAUGACGAGGUGUUGAUUGCUGGAUUUGGUCGUAAGGGUCAUGCUGUGGGAGAUAUUCCCGGAGUCAGGUUCAAGGUCGUCAAGGUUUCUGGUGUUUCACUCUUGGCCUUAUUCAAGGAGAAGAAGGAGAAGCCAAGAUCUUAAACAAUGCCCCCAAGCUUUUGAAUUUAUUUUGAUAUAAUCACUUUUUGCUAGUUCACUUAAUCAAAGAUCAUGUUGUGUUGAAACCUUUUCUUGAAGAAUCUUUUGAGUUUAUCUUGAUCCUUAUAUAUUAUUAUAUUUGAGUUUUGAAUCACUUCUCUUAUUUUAUAUCACUUAGACAAUCUUGUUAAUUUUC